AUGUCGGAAUUUGUAGAUAGAAUUAUUGUGGAUGAUAUCUUACCUUAUAAUGAAGAAGCAAAACACGAAAAACCAUGGUACGAAAAAGCUCUGCUGAAGGAUGUCCCGCAUCAAUAUCGUAAAUUGAGACUCCCGGAUGGUAAGCCAGUGGACAAUGUGCUAGAUGCUAUCGGAGGGACACCGUUAGUGAAGCUGAACAGAAUACCGCAGUCUAUGGGUAUUGAAUGUAAUGUGUAUGCCAAAAUGGAAUUCUUAAAUCCAGGUGGUUCCAUCAAAGAUAGAGUUGCAGAGCGAAUGGUUGACAUAGCGGAACGAACUAAAAUCUUAAAACCGGGCAUGACGUUGAUUGAGCCAUCAACCGGAAGUACAGGGAUUAGUUUAGCAAUGGUUGGAGCUGUUAAGGGUUACAAGUCUGUAAUUGUGGCCGAUAAAAUUAGCAUGGAAAAGACGAGUGUCAUCAACGAACUAGGUGGGAAAAUAAUUCAUACCCAAGAUAGUGUUCCAUACGAUUCACCAUUCUCUUAUUUUGGUGUGGCAUUCGAGAUGCGGCAAAAAGACAGAGACAACUCUCUGGUGCUUGAUCAGUACCUCAAUCCGGCAAAUCCUAUCGCACAUUAUGAGAGCACCGCUGCGGAAAUAUUACAUGCACUGGAUAAAAAACUAGAUAUGAUUGUGAUUGGAGCAGGCACAGGCGGUACUGUAAGCGGAGUUGGACGACGUAUCAGAGAAGAAUGUGCUAAUGUCACGAUAGUUGGUGUAGAUUCGGAAGGUUCAGUAAUUAGUAGUGCUGGAGAUGAAGAGAAGGAAGCCUUUGUUGAAGUGGAAGGUAUUGGCUGUCAUUUUGUACCACCUUUGCUUGAUUACAAUAUUGUCGACAAAUGGAUCAAAGUGAAUGAUGCGGAUACUUUCAAAAUGGCUCGUCGAUUGAUACGUGAGGAAGGCUUAUUGGUUGGCGGUAGUUCCGGUUCCAACAUGGUAGCUGCUAUGCAAGAAUGUCAAAAACUCAAAAAAGGACAGAACUGUGUUGUCAUUCUUCCCGAUGGAAUCCGAAAUUAUAUGUCUAAGUUUUUGAACAAUGAAUGGAUGUUGAAACGAUGCUUCAUGGAACCAAUUCAACAAAUUCCUAUUAUGCCUAGCGAGUAA